AUGGACGGCCCAAACUCGACUAUCGCCACUUUCGACCACAGCCUCAACAUCCUUCACAUCCGCGAACCGAGCGAGCUCGACCACCCGGACGAUCCAUGGGUCCACGUCUCUCAAUUCCACCUUGGACCUAAGAGGAUCGAAGCGAUCGCCACUUUAAUCAUCGAUGGCGCGUUGAGAAUCGUCAUGUGUGUGCGACGACGUCGUGAUCGGUUCGAACUUCGGGUCGUCGCACCAGGUGAGCAACAUUAUUUCCUGGUAAAGUUCCUCUCUCGUAAUCUUGCUGAGCGAACUGGUUGUUGCACAUAGGCGAUACCUCGGGAUACAUACUACUUCAACCUUCGCCCAUCCAACCGCCCUUCCAGAUCCUCCCCUCUCCCCCGACCGAGCUCAGUGGCAAAGCUUUCCUCCCUCUCCUCGCCGUGGCGUCCCCCGGGCAGCUGCUUGUCUUUUCCCCCAGAGACGAGUGGUCUUGUAUUUGUCGAAUGAACUUGGUUCAAUCGGGAGGUGUAGAAAGUACGCUACCACUUCCUCGUAUAGCGUGGUCGCCUUUCGUGAAAAGCGAAGACAAGAUCGAAGGAGGGAUCGAAAUUGCUAGAACGGAAGAAACACCUGCAGUACGACUUUGGAUCACAGGGAAGGUAUCCAAAGACGUGCUACCGCGUAUCAGUGGUAGUUCUUUGAUACGUUUUUCCCUGAAACCCAGAACAGAACCCUAA